UUUGCAUGGGAUGAAAUUUCUGAUGGAUUAAUCUUAUUAAGUACACAAGACACAGAGGAUAAACAAGUCAAAAGGAUAAAGAAAAAAUUCGAUCGUGUUCAGGAUUCAGAGGUAUAUUGUCCACAUGCAUAUUUAAUUUUAAACUUCCAUGAAACUUUAAGCGAGCGUGAAAAGUUAAAAUUUAGAAGAUAUUAUUUGCGGAAAAUCGCUCCAAAUGAACCAGGUGUUAUUAUCUUACAAGACAUAAAAGAUCUUGUAAUGUUUUUGUUAGCCAGUCCUAUUAGUCCUCAAUUUGUGAAUUUUUUCCACAUGCCAAUUGUUGAUCGAUUUCUAAGAGCUCUGAUAAUUUAUUUUCAAUAUUACAUAAUAACAUGGGAAGAAUUAAUAGAAGAAUAUGCAGCCACCAUAAAGAAAGCACCAAAUCCUUUAGCCCAAGGGUAUAGAUCUAAAUAUGCAGAAGAAAUGCAAAAUCUUCGUUGUAUCUUAGGUAGAGAAUAUGCUGAUUUAAUAAUAGGUUGUCAAGAUAACACUCAAUACCACCAUAUGACUGGAGGAAAAAAGGGAUCUCCGCUAUUAACACAAUCGGAAGGAGAAAAAGAUUUAAGAACAUUUGAAACGUUAAUUUGCAUAGCGCAUCGUGUUAUUUGGAUAGCAUUGCAGCGUAAACAUUUUAGUUUGAUUGAAAUUGAGUUACAUAGAUUGUUUAGAACAAAAGCAUAUAAUAUGGCAGAAAGACGGAGCACUAGUCAAAUUAUGCAAGAAAUGUUGAGUAAUGACAUUGAAAUAUUACAUGGCCCAAAAUUACAGGUCAAAAGAAAAUUAUUACGAAAUUCUCCUUUAAUACAAGAGCUAAUAUACUCUGAUUGUGACUAUCGUUUGUUAGCUCUAGGACAUAACUCAAACGAUGAACGAAUUCUUUAUCUACAAAACGCUCUACUUAUUGAAGAAGAAAAAUUACAUGAUCUAGGAAUUAAAAUAGGAAUUCUUGGAGAAAAUAGAGCUAAUUAUAAUAUAAUGUUGAUACCGUUCGAAGAAACUGAGAUUGAUGAAAGCUCAACUAUCCGAACAAAAAAGUAUGAAACAAGAAGAAGUACAAAAGAUACAUUGGAAAUUGACAUACCUAUAACAACUCGAAGACUUCCACCAUUUCGAGAAAAAAUUAAAUUACCUCGAGAUUUUCCGCUUGAGAUGAUUAAUAUAUCACCAAGAGGAUAUAAAACUCUUCGUGAAGAAUCAAGAAAGAAAUGGUUUAUUAGGGAAAUUAAACGUCAAACCUAUAAACAAAUAGAUACAUUAUCAGUAGCGACAACGAUAGAUUAAGAUAUUAUUCAGAGGCUCAGCUUUUCUUUAAAUCGUAUAUAUUUGUACAAUAAACCUCCUUCAGUAUUUAAGUAGAAAAUAUUCUGUUUUGCAUCUUAUGUCAACUGAACUAUUCAGAUCUUCACAAAUAACAGUACAUGUAUUGAUAAUAAAAAUACAUUGUUUUAGUACUUCAGUUUUUUCAAAGUAAAAUGAAUAAAUAGAACAGAAAUGAAUUAUUAAUGACUAUUUGAAGAUCGUUUUACUUUUUAUAUAAUUACUUAAUAUUAAUGUGGAUUAAUAAAGAUCGAAUAAUUGAAUAUAUGUAUGUGUCUUCAGGAAAAACUGUUAAGGACGUGUGAAUGGGGUAGAUAAACUGAAUACAAUAAGACAAUGUAAAAAAUAUGCUUAUUAUAAUUGAUAAUGCCUAAUAAUGCGCACUAAUGCUGAUAUUUUACAAGGAGAUACACAUAUAGAUACAAUUGAAGCAAUGCAUUUGUUUUAUAAUUAAAUUCUGCAUUGUCCUUAGAUAAAUAAUUAAUGUACCUACUUACUACCAUUAUAUAUAAUAACAAUAUUAAUUUAAUCCCAAUAUGGGUUAAAUUGUAAAUUAUAUUGUUUUUCUUUCCAUAUACAAGUGGCAAAUUUACUGUCCAUUUGAGAUGGUUUACAUUUAGCUAAAACAUUCAUUAUUCAAGAUGUACUUCUUUGCAACCUAUCAUUCUGACACAUAUGCAUAAGGUACAAAAAUGAAUACCUCAUCAAUUAUAUUUGGCACAAAAAUUUUGAUAAUAAAAACUAGAUUUCACAAAAACCUAUACAAUCUUGGUGUUCCUUUAACGAGAUGUGUUUCUUGUUUCUUGUUUCUUGUACAUACAUAUUUAUAAUCUAUAAAAUGAUUCAACGUACUUUUUUUUUUCAUUUGACUUCAAUUACGAUAUGUAUUAAAAUUAUGAUAAUUUGUAUUAUAUGCACAUUUUAAAAUGUUACAUGUACACACAUAAUACUAGUUCCAGCGCUAUAACUAUGUUGCAAUAUUUUAAAUGUCAAAUG